ACGGGCGACCAUGGAAAAAACCAGUUUCCCUCCAUAUUUCCUCCUCCUCUCUCUCUUCAUCCCAUCCAUCACAAGCAAUCUCAUUCCAUUCCCAUCCCAUUCCAAGAAGCCGGGGUAGCUGUUGCCCUGCCAUAACGCGGAGGAGGAAGAAGAGGAGGCCGCCGCGGCGCAUGAGGUGGCGGCGGUAGCAGCAGCAAUGGCGGCAAUUCCAGGGAUCAUGGAUAUUGCCAAGCUAAACCAAACCAUUCUGUGCUACGCCGAAACCAUUUACCGGUUCAAUGGCCUUUGGGAAGGACCCGAUCCAUUGACCCCCCUCAUUUCUCUCUUCCUCAUCCAGCUCACCUUCUCCAUGGGCGUCAUCCACCUCCUCGUCUUCGCUCUUAAACCCUCCAACCAACCUCCAUUCAUCGCAGAAGUUCUCGGCGGUAUACUAUUAGGGCCGACCGUGUUUGGGCGAAUUGCAGCAUACAGAAAGCUGGCAUUCCCAAAUUAUUCAUUCAGGAUAUUGGAGCCAAUGGCGCAUUUGUCCAUCACAUACUACGCUUUCUUGGUGGGGUUAAAAAUGGAUGUUAAAGGAAUUAUGCGAACUGGACCAAAGGCUAUGAAAGUAGCUCUGGCUGGGAUCAUCAUCCCUUUCUCCAUUGGCGCAGGCUUAUACUUCAUUUUCCAAAUCGAUAAACCAGAGAGAGCCGGCUGCCUCUUCUGGGGCGCUGCCCUUACCGUCACCGGUUUCUCCGUCCUCACCGACAUCCUCGACAAGCAGCAGAUGCUCCACACAGAGAGCGGGAAGACGGCGUUGUCUUCGGCCCUCAUCAACGAGAUGUGCUCGUGGGGAUUCUUGGCCCUUGGGUUCGCGGUCACGAGCUCCCAAUCGAGCAUCCAGUGGUCCGUGAUGAGCACGGCCGCCUUCGCCCUCGUCUGCGUCUACUUCGUCCGGCCCGGCCUCAGCUGGCUCAUCCAUAGGGCUCCCGAGGGGCAGGGUUACAGCGAGUUCUACAUAUGCUCCAUCGUGUCCGGGAUGGCCCUCAGCGGGGUCAUCACGGACGCGUGUGGGACCCACCCCAUGAUAGGGGCGUUUGUCUUCGGCCUCAUCAUACCUAAUGAGGUGCUCGAGGUGACCAUCGUGGACAAGUUGGAGGACUUCGUGAUGGGGAUUCUGAUGCCGGUUUACUUUGUGGUUUGUGGGCUGAGGACUAAUGUGGAUACCAUGUCGUACGAGACUUCUUGGGCUAUUGUGUUGCUGGUUAUAAUCUUGGCCUGCGGUGUGAAGGUGCUGAGCGCUCUUGCCGUCACCGCCCUCUCCGAUCUCUCCGUCGAAGAGGCCGUGCCUGUGGGGUUCAUGUGCAAUGCCAAGAGUGUUAUGGCCUUGAUCAUUAUUGAAUCCGGCCAGAUACAAGGGGCUUUGAGCACGCAGACUUACUCUGUGAUGAUGGUGGCGAUUCUUGUAAUGUCGAUGAUCACAACGCCGGCAGCAAUCUGGUUCAAACCGGUGCAGAACGUGGUGCCGUACAAGCGGCGCACGGUGCAGAAGGCGAAAUCGGACGAGGAGCUGCGCGUGCUGGCGUGCAUCCACAGCACGCGCAACGUCCCGAGCAUCAUCCACCUCCUCCGCACCUCCAACGCCAAGUCGAGGUCCCCGAUGAGCGUGUUCGCGCUGCAGCUGGUGGAGCUCGUGGGCCGCGCCUCGACCAUGAUGGUGGUGCACAGCUCGCGCAAGGCCGGCCCCCGGAACCCCAACAGCGUGGAGCUCCAGGCCGACCAGAUCAUCACGGCCUUCGACAACUACGAGCUGCGGUCGGAGGGGGUGGUGACGCAGGUCAUCACCGCGCGCUGCCCCUACACCACCAUGGACGAGGACGUCUGCGCGGUGGCGAGGGACCGGCGCGCGGCGUUCCUCGUCAUCCCCUUCCACAAGCACAGGAACGUGGAGGGGGAGAUGGAGGACAUCAACCCCUCCAUCCGCAGCAUCAACGAGGGCGUCCUCGAGAACGCCCCGUGCUCGGUCGGGAUCCUGAUCGACCGCGGGGCGGCCGAGUCGCAGGACCACGCGCAGAACAUCGCGGCCCUCUUCUUCGGGGGCCCCGACGACCGCGAGGCCCUGGCGUACGCGUGGCGGAUGGCCGACGAGACGGACAGCCGGCUCACGGUCGUCAGGUUCAUACCGAGCUCCGAGGCAGGGGGCAGCAGCGGAAUGAUGAUUGAGAAAAGCCAUGUGAGCUUGGAGAUCGAUAGGGAGAGAGAGAAGCUGCUCGAUGAUGACUACUACAACAAGUUCAGGAAUGCAACCGCAAACAGCGGCAACAUAAGGUGCUUCGACUUGGUGCUGGACGACGAGGAAGAGACCAUCAAGGCUAUCAAAUCCAUGGACGAGCACUACCACGAUCUGUACAUUGUGGGGAGGGGGAGAGGGAUGCAGUCGCCGCUGACGACGGGGCUGGCCGACUGGUGCGACUGCCCCGAGCUCGGCCCCAUAGGUGACCUUCUGGUCACCUCCGAGUUCGAGUCGACCUUCUCGGUGCUGAUCGUGCAGCAGCACAGCGAGACCGGGAGGUCGAGGGAAGGCUCCUACAGGUCGGCCUUGUCGGUCGACUACGGCGCCGGCGACGAGAUCACCGUCAGGGAUUCCGCCCCCACCGAGAGCGAGACCUUUGAAUCUUUCGGCAGUUUCAGGAAGUGGGAUCAUGAGAAUUGAGAUUACUUGCUGCAGUGCUUCAACGUGUUUAAGAUGCUCUUGAGUUUGAUUCAAUAUUGAUAGAGCACCCCUUUCAAUGAUCCUACUGUAAAUUAUUUUGUUUUAUGGUUUCAUAAUGAGAGAUUGCCUGCAGAAUUUAUGAAA